AUGGCAAUUGUAGAAACCCUCAUCUAUACAGUGGGUUCUAUUGCAGGGGCCGGAUUCUGGAAAUAUGGCAUACUUGCUGUAAUGCCCUUCCUCUGGUUCUGGCUUAACCUUCGAUACGGCCUCGGAGACUUCGAUAUCCCCACAAUUGGCGUUCCACCAGGACUCCUAGGCCCCUGGAUAGCUCCCUACAACUGGAUGAAGAACUCCCCGCACCUGAUCCGCGAGGGUAUGGCCAAGUACGGAGCUCGAGGUCUACCCUUCAAGAUCCGCUCCCCUAGUCGCUGGAUGGUUUUUGUGAACAAACCCACCAUUAUUGACGAACUUAUUCGGCUUCCUAAAAAUGUUGUUUCGUCCAGCGCGGCGCUGGAUGAUAUCUUUUUCACGCAGUUCACCAUGUACAAGGACGCCGCGUCGGACCCGCCGUUCGCAGAGAUUGUGUUGAAGCAGCUGUCUGGGAGAUGUUGGGAGUUUAUGCCGCUGGCUGUGGAGGAGGUCAAGAUGGCGUGGGAUGAGAAGACGAAGAUUGGGGAGGAGUGGACUGACGUACCUGUAUGGGAGGUUUUCAUACAGCUUGCUGCGAGAGCGGUUAUUCGGUCCAUCAUUGGAGCGCCGCUCUGUCGCAACCAGGAGCUGCUGGAUAAUAUCAUAGCAUAUGCUGAGGGAGUUAUCAUGCACAGUGAGCUACUGGAGAUAAUCCCGGCAACUCUGAGGCCUUUCGUCAAUAAGUUUAUAUUCCGGAAUAAGCCCUUGGACGUGUGCAUGUCCUAUUUCGGCCCCAUCUUCCAGGAGCGCCGAAACAUCAUGAAAGACGGGAAAUACAGCGGGAAUGUUAAGCCCGAUGAUGGAUUCCAGUGGGUCAUUGAUACAUGCCCUCCCGAUACCACCAUCGAGAGGAUGGUGAAGAAGCUCCUCUUCAUCUUCACCGCCGGAAUCCAUACCACCGCCGUCGCAGGCACGCACUGUGUCCACGACAUUGCCGCAAUACCGCACUUCCAAGGCCCUGCUCGGGAAGAGAUCGCACAGGAGCUUGGUGCUGCGUCUACAGUGAAGGAGACCAAAGAGGCCUGGGCGCCAAUGCGCAAGCUAGAUAGUGUCCUUCGUGAGAGCGCGAGGAUGAACAGAACGCAUCUGGGCACAGUCAUGCGGAAGUUCAUGGUUCCAUAUACGUUUUCUGACGGGAUGGAGAUACCGAAAGGUGCUUGGGUUGUGGGUGCGUCGUCGACGAUACAUCGGACGAAUAUUUACGAGGACCCGGAUACGUUUGAUGGGUUCAGGUUCUCGAGGAUGAGGGAGGAGGCGGGAUAG